GUCAAGCCCUUUCCAAAAGUAGGAGCCAGAACGCUGAGGUGGCAAUUGCACUGAGUUUACGAGGUGAAAGAAAGAGUGUUGUUGUGUAUAGCCUCUCUGACUCUGAUACCAUCUCUAUUCUCUGUCUCUCUCUCUCUCACAGUCCCACCAGCAAGCCUUCUGGGAUUCAGCCUUCUCUGCUUACCUCUCAAGCCUCCACCUUUCUUCUUUUUUUCUCUUCCUCAACAAACAUAACCCAAAACCCUUUUCUUCUCUUUGUCCCUCUGUCUUUCUGGCGGAGCUGGAGCCUAAACCAACCGUUGGAUCAAGAUCUCUCUCAAUCUAAUGGAUGAACACCAGUCUAUGGCUGAUGAUGGGGAUGCAAUAGAUGACUCCAGUGGAAAAGAGAUAGCCACUGCUGAGGGAAGUUCAGAAAUGGAACCAUAUGUAGGUAUGGAGUUUGAAUCUGAAGAGGCUGCCAAGGUGUUCUAUGAUGCGUACGCUACAAGCUUGGGGUUUAUAAUGCGUGUGGAUGCAUUUCGGAGAUCAAUGCGUGAUGGGAAGGUUGUUUGGCGUCGUCUUGUGUGUAAUAAAGAGGGAUUUCGUAAGUUGAGGCCCAAAAGAAGUGAGAAUAGGAAACCUAGAGCAAUCACAAGAGAAGGAUGUAAAGCAAUGAUAGUGGUAAAAAAGGAGAAAACUGGUAAAUGGGUUGUAACAAGAUUUGUAAAGGAGCACAAUCAUCCGCUGGUAGUUACACCUGCCAAUGGUCGUCGAAGCAUGCUUCUAUCUCAAACACCAGAUGAGAAGGAUGUGAAAAUUCGAGAGUUGACUGCUGAGUUACAGCGUGAGAGAAAGCGGUCUGCAGCUUAUCAAGAACAGCUUGAUAUAGUUUUGAGAGAGAUGGAAGAACAUUCUAGUCACCUAUCAAGAAACAUUGAUGAUAUAAUUCAAAGCGUGAAAGACAUUGAAUCGAAGAGGUUGGCGGUUUCUAACAGUUAGCAUCUCCAAUAGAUUGUCCAUUUUAUUUUUCUUUGGACAACUUCUAUGAUAUGCUACUGUCUGUAGUUCCUGACUGUAAAUUUCACCUGUAGGUUUAGUUCUCUUGGUCUAGAUACUUAGUCUGAGCUUAAUUAUCCUGUAGUUAUAAGGAUUAGUGAGAUGUUCUAGUUUUAUCGAAAUUAGCAAAUCCUCAUCUUGCCCCUCCCCAUUUAUUGUGCGAGCAGAAGCCCAGAUUAAGAGAUUAACCUUAUUAAGAGGCAAAAAUUAGCUGUAUUAGGAUUUGUCCUUUGUCGAAUUUAGUUUCACCUUAUGUUACAAAAAUUACUUGAUAUAUUUGAAAAACAGAAAGAAAAAAAAUCUUCCAUCAA